UGAAGUGGUGAUGAUAGAUAUGUUGCUUGAACUAGUUUUCAUUCUCGAGAUCUAUAUUCAAUUUGAUAUUUUAUUUGCAUGUAAUAGAUGCCCAGCCCCCCAAUCCCUCCACUUAGUAUACAUCAGAUGCUUGUGCUUAUGCUAGAUCCUCGGAAUGUUCUGCUUGGAUUGAGAUGCUCGGAUUCUCUUGAUAUUUUAGGCGAAGAACACAAGGUUGCGGUUGGGACUCAUGACUUGGAUACGCUAGAAGGCCCCUUCAGCUAUGAGGCAUUGCCACCUUCCGGUAUAAGUUUCGUCCCCUUGAAGCAGGUGAAGAACUUCAAAGCUGAUGAAGUAAUGGAAUUUUAUAGGUCAGAUUUGAAAUUGAAGAAGUUCUUGCACAUAGUAGAGAACUCACCUGUGUUCCCUAUUAUCUAUGAUUCAAAGAGGUAUCUUGGUUUCUUCAUACACUCUUUUUUGUAAUGUGAGUUCCAUGUAUAAAUAUGAAGUGUGUAUAUUGAUGUUAAGGGAAAAUAAUAAAUAACCACUUACAUGUAAUGACAUGUUGACUUAGUUUUGAUUCAACCAUUGCCACUUAAGUCAUUAAUAUUGCAACCUUGAGUUAUUUGGGGGUUGAUCGAUGCAUCGGGUUCAAUUUGCAAAGAGAAAAUAAUCUAGGCGUUCAAGC